UUCCUCAUCAUAUGCAUACGUGGCUCUCCGAUAGAUGAUUCAACAUUAUUCAAAACACAUUUUUUUCUUUAUUUUGAAUUUCUUCAUACACACAUUUCGGAUUCCUUAGCUUCCAGCUGAACUCCAGCAUCCAGUACCGCUCUACAACAAGCAGUUGCCGAACUUUUCCUGCAUCAACUUUAGAACAUCACUUCUCAUGGCAGCUUUUCAGAGCACUCCAUGGAGUUGUAUUUCUGGGACAUUAGGAAUAAUAUGCUUUUUGCUGAUGGCUACUUUGGGAAUAUUGUUGAAAAUGUCAUAUACUAAACAAAAGAUUCAACCACCAUUGUCUCCAGGAUCCACCGAGGAACUUCAGGAAGGCUCUGAUUGCUGUUCUUGCAGAGAAAAGUGGAUUGGAUACAAAUGCAACUGUUACUUCUUUUCUAAUGAACAGAAACCUUGGGCAGAGAGUAGGGAUUUCUGUGCUUCUCAGAAUUCUAGUCUACUUCAGCUGGAAAGCAGAGAUGAACUGGGUUUUGCAAAGUCCCUUCAAUAUUUUCACUGGAUUGGGCUCUCUUAUAGUCAUGCCAGCAGUGCCUGGUUGUGGGAAGAUGGCUCCACUCUCUCCUUUGAUCUAUUUUCAUUCCCUCUAAGUCAAAAUCCAGAAAGAUGCAUAUUGUAUAGUUUGAGCGAAGGUCUUUUGGAGGAAAGCUGUGUGAGAAAACAUCCUUAUAUCUGUAAGCAACGGCUCAUGUAAGUGUUAUAUAAGUGUUUCUGAGGGUAGAAGCAAUGCAGGUCCAGAUGCACUGAGAAUAGUACCUCUUAGCUCUUAUUACUGUUUAUCUACUGGGAUCUGUGAAAUGGUUCAUGUUGUGUGUUAUCAUACCAUUUGUAUAUAUUUGAAAUCAUGUGUUUUAAAAUUGAGGAAAUAUUUGUGCCUACACUUGAACUUAUAAAGAUUCAAAUAAAGAAUUUUAUGAAAAUUUUCUA